GCCCGAGCCUAAUUACCAUAACAAUGACAAUCAUAACAAAGGGACAGCACAAAAGAUCUCCUCCCUCCGCAAUGGGGCCACGUCACACGAUGGCCAUCUCAGCGGAGCAGGCACGGAGAGGGACCUCUGCAUCAGAGAGACGCCGCCCGCCCGAUUGGUGGCGCGUUCGACUUCGCACUGACGGCCGGCAUCCCGGCCCUGCCCGCCUACCACCCGACUCACUGUCAUUCAUUCAUUCGUUCACUAAAUCGGUCAUUCAUUUAUUCAUUCAUUUGUCCAGCCAGUCGCUUGCUCACGCGCACGCUCACUCACCCAUCCCACCCAUCGCGGUAAGCGCCCCGUCCCUUAUCUUUCGCUCUUGUUUUCUCGUUCUCCCGUCCCGCUCCGGGAGGCGGGAGCUGGAGCUGGAGGAGGAGGAGAGACGCGAGGGUGAUGCUGCGACCUCCCCCACGGCCACGCUCCCAACCUCGCCCCACGCUCCCACCCCGCGUCGCGCUCCGUUCGCGACGCCGCGUUCGCGGAGGAGAGAGCGCGUGACCGCCUCUCGCGACGCGACACGAGGUGCGACGCGUGCUCACGGCCCACAGCGAGACGGGUGACCGCGCGUGUGUGCGGCGAGUGAGUGUGAGUGUGUCGACUCAGCCUCGCACGAGUGCCUGCUGCGGUGUGCGAACAUCGCCGCUAGGGAGACAAAGGCAGCCGGGCGUGGUGCUGUCCACCCACCCCCUCCUGUGCCGUGCCGGCCUUCAUAGGUGCUACUCGCUAACAGCACUUGCCCAAACCGUCCGGUAAGGCUAUACGGGGGAUCUUUGUCUUUGUUGUGUGUGGCAUUGGCUAUUACACAACACACACGCCCUGUGUAUUUAAAUAACCAGCACUGGCUGCAUGGGCCUUGAUUUCUGUACUUACACAUGGAUACACGGUGGCGCGUAUGGACUGUGUGUGUACACCUUUGUGGAUUCUGGCCGUCCCCUAGGUCGGCUCAGCCUCAAAUGAGUACGUGGUUACGACGUCAAAAAAUCGCCGCUAGGGCGAACACAUCCGUUGAAUCGGUCCUGGGCAAUCUUCUACGUCGACUUAGCCUCAAAUGGGUACCUACUGUGCUGUGUGUACACGGCAGCUGCGGGGGAGACAAAGGUGGUGCUAGUCACACGGCACCGUCGGCUACGUACGGUGCGAAAGAAGUUCAACAUACAUGCGAGCACCUUCGUAGGAGCUCGCUAAACAGCACUUGCCCCACCAGGGCAAGAGCCUACACAGGUGAUGUUUGUCUUUAUACGGUAAUUCGCUAUUACACACGCAGCGCGAAUACGAUUAGCCGGUGCCGCAUUGGUGGUGAUGCGUUUGUUGUGUAUCCGUGUGUUCAUGCGAUGGCGGGAGCGGUGGCGCAGCGGUUAGCGCGACACACCAACGAAUCUUGCUACGCGAGCGGGUGAGGGCGAGCGGGUGAGGAGGAGGCGGCGGGUGGACGAUGGUGGACAGCCCUGACCCCUGCGAGGUGGCCGCGCGGCUCCGCGAACUCGCGUCCGACCCGCGGCUCCGCGCGGCCGUCGCGCGCGAGCACGGCGGCUGCCUGCCGGGCCUCGUGAUGCUGCUCGACCAGCCCGGGCCGGAGGUGGUGACCACCGCGCUGCAGGCGCUGCGCUACCUGGCCGAGUGCGUGGACAGCCGCGGCCGCAUGAUGAGCGAGCUGGGCCUCAUGGUCAGCCUGCAGCACAUCGCUGACAGGACCGACUUCCCACCGGAGACGCGCUCGCUCGCCACGGAGAUCUACGAUCUGCUGAGUCGCUGGGACGGGGCCGAGGAGGAGCCCCCCCCCACGAGCCCGCCCCCCCCGUCGGCCGCGGUGGGGGGGGGCGGCGGUGCGGGCCCCCCCCCCGAGGGGGCGGUGGGUCUCGGCGAGGCGGCGCCGGGGGCCGCGAGGCGCCGCCGCGCCCGCCCCUUCCUGGGCAGCACCAACAAGCGCGCCAGGACGGUGACGCUGCACAUCGACGGGCUCACCGACGUCGAGCGCCGAGCGCGCUGCGAGGAGGCUCUCCUCACCGUGCGGGGCGUCAUCAGCUUCACCUUCCAGAUGCACGCACAGAGGUGCAUCGUGCGCAUGCGCGCCGACCUCAAACCCGAGUGUCUCGCCACUGCGAUCGCCACCACUCAGCUCAUGGCGGCGCAGCAGGUGGUGAAGAACGAAGCGGGGGAGGAGAUCCUCGCUCCGCUGAGCUCCGGUCCGGGCGGUGGCGGCGCCGGCGGCUCCGCUCCGGGUUUUCCCGACUACCUCCCCGAAGACGAGGACGAGGAGGGGGAGGCGACCCCCCGCGAGGCCGUCUCGCGGGGGGGGGCGUCUCACGGGGCCGGGGGGGGCUGGCUCAGCUCCGCCGUCAGCUUCUUCUCGAGGUCCUUCUACUGGUGAUGCCCCCGGUGGCAGGCGGGCGGUGGAGUCGUGGGCAGGGUGCAGGAAGAGGGGGGCCCGGCCAUCGCGAGCACGGCGCGGUACACGGCUCCAUCUCGACCAGGGCGGCACACCACGUCGAGUAUACUCUACGGGCUGCGGCUAUCGGCUGGCACGCCCCGCCCGGCGGCCUCCAGUGGGAGGUCACGGCCCGGUUCAUCCCCCCGACUGCGCGGGCAUCCGAACGUUCGCCUGACCCCUGGCGCGUCACGUGAUAUAUUUUUUGCCGAGAUAUAAAUAAAAAUGUCAACCGCCCUCUCCGCUGGCACCACGGCUACCACCGCUACCACCGCCACUACCACCACCACAGCCACCACUGCUACCACCACCACUGCCACCACCACCACCGCCACCACCACCACCGCCACCACCGCUACCACCACCACUGCUACCACUGCCACCGCCACCACCGCCACCACCACCACCACCGCCACCACCGCUACCACUGCCACCGCCACCACCGCUACCACUGCCACCACCGCCACCACCGCUACCACCACCACUGCCACCACCACCACCAUCGCUACCACUGCCACCGCCGCCGCCACCCUUCGGGUGACCGCCCCAAUUCGCCGUACCCGAGGGCCGGCUCUGGUCAAUCAGAGACUCGUGAGAGGAGAGGCAGGCGUCCGGUCGAGUCCAGUGCAACGAGGUUCCCCUGCGUUGCUCACCGACGAUGCCGUUCCUUUCCCGCCCGAGACCCCCCGCUGCGUUGCCGGAGUGCUGUCAAUCGCGCGGCGCGACGUCCGACAUUCCGCGCCCAUGCCACCAAGAGGCUCGAAGAAUCCUUCCCACUUGGUGCAGAGGGUGGGGCCACGGCCGCCUCUGGAGAGCGGUAGAACCUGGAUUCGAAUCCCAGACAUAAAUCUAGCCGGGUGGGUGCCACUGGUGGUGGUGGGGGUGGCGACGCAGCUGCACGUGGCGUGGCCUGCGAUGCAGCGCUGUGGCGGCAGCAUCAGCGAGGGUUGGUGGAUCACCGCACGCACAGAUGUUGUGGAACUCCCUUCCUCUGGGCAGUCGAGGAGGUGCCCAACCCUGGCUCGCUAGGAGAAGGCGGUACAGAAACGUGUGGAGUAAUAUCCAUCUGUUUCCAUAUGUAUGGGGAUAGAGUGCUGGUCCCGCUCGCACAACGUGGGUUUCCUCCCACGUCUAUUAAUUGGCCGAUACCACCUUCAUACACAGAGGACCGCGAAGCUUGGGGGGCAAUAAUCGGUAGCGCCGGCUCCUCGUCACCGCGUGGCUGCUGCUGCUGCUGCUGCCUUCCUGCUCCUCGUCUGUGGUUCCUCCUCCUCCUGGCACCUCCGAGUCGCCCCCCCCCCUCGCUCUCUGUCUCUCCGCGUCGCCAUCUCCUCUCCACGAGAUCGCCGAUCGGACUCUGUGCGGGGGUGGCGGUGCGGCGUGACGGUCCUCCCAGCCACCAACGGAACGCGUUCUGUUUUUAAAGUGUGAACUUGGAAUCAGGUUUCACGUCACGUCCGUCACUGUGUCCUCGCUCUAACGCGCACAACCCCCGGGGCCUACGGCUUUGUGAGGCGCGGCCACGGACUAGAUAUAUGAAUCCAAAUAUACAUUUGUGUAAAACUACAAUGGUCAACCUUGUUGCUGUACGAGUGCCGUAGGUUAUGAGAAUGCGUAACAAUGCCCAAUGCUGCUGAAAACGCACAGAAUGCACAAGCGUUGUAUCUGCUCAGGAAAGGAAUCUUCUGUGCUUCGCAUCUCCUGCGCACUUACGGUGUAAUCUUCCGCUUGUGUGUCCUACAUCUCUCCCACAUUGUCUACGACAUCUCUCUCACCUUGUGUGUCCUACGUCUCUCACCUUGUGUGUCCUACUUCUCUCUGACCUUGUGUGUCCUACUUCUCUCUGACCUUGUGUGUCCUACAUCUCUCCCACAUUGUCUACGACAUCUCUCUCACCUUGUGUGUGUGCUACGUCUCUCACCUUGUGUGUUCUACAUCUCUCUGACCUUGUGUGUGCUACAUCUCUCACCUUGUGUGUGUGCUACAUCUCUCUGAUCUUGUGUGUGCUACAGCGUUCACGGCACCUGCUUUUGGACACCGUCACCUUUUGCCAAAUAGGUUAUGGCGUUUAAUUAUUUAUUUACGUUAACUCGCUCGCCUUAAAUGUGUGUGUAUGUCUGUGUGUGUGGAUAGAUGAGAAUUAAAGCACCCGUAAUGCAUUGUC